AUGACUAAUCUCGAUUUUUUACGUCAAGUCGAAUCAGCUGUAGUAUUAAGUGUAUCAACAGAUUCAAUCCGUCGUCAACAAGCAUAUACAUUUCUUGAAGAUUUAAAAUCAAAUCCAACACAAUCUAUAUCAAUUGGUUUUGAUUUUUUCGAUAAAAAUCAACAAUUUGAACCAUUAGUUAAACAUUUUGGUUUACAAUGUAUUGAAGAAACAAUAAAAUAUAAAUGGACAUCACUUGAUUCACAAUUAAAAGUAUCAAUUAAAGAACGUUUAUGGUUAUUAAUGACUGAACAUGAUCAAUUACCAGGUCAUCUUAAAACGAUUUUAGUUCGUUGUGUAUGUGAAAUAGCUAAACGUGAAUGGCCUCAACAAUGGCCAUUAUUUCUUGAUGAACUUGUAUCAUUAUCAAAAUUAAAUUCAACAAAUGAUUAUUCAUUAUUAAUCUUAGCUUAUCUUAUUGAAGAUGUUAUUGUUCUUCAAACAUUAAAUUCUAUACGUAAACGAGAUAUUCAAACAACAUUAUUACAACAUGGAAAUAAACUUAUUGAAUUUAUUGAAUAUUUUCUUGAUAUAUCAAAUACAAUUUCAAGUUCAUUAUAUGCAUUAACUAUGUUUGCAACAUUUCUUCCAAUAGAAAUAUUUUUUCAAACAAAAAUUAUACAGAAAAUUGUCUUCUUAUUAAAUUCACCAAUACAUCGAAUGAAAGCAGCAGAAUUUUUAAGUGUGAUAUCAGAUCGUCGUGGUAAAUAUGAAGAACGUUUACCAUUAUUACAAAUGUUUCCAUAUUUAUUUCAAAAUGGUUCACAAUAUAAUGAUUUAUUUUCAACAAUCCAAAUCAAACAAUCCAAUGAAAUUUAUGAUUUUAUGAAACAAUAUGCCAUGGUUAUAACUGCAUUAUGUGAUCAAUUAUGUUAUUUAUGUGGAGGUGAAGAUAUAACUAAACGUGCUCCAUUACCAGAACAAUUUUCUAAUGGAACAUUUUUACAAGUACUUUUAGCAUUAAUGCAACAUCCAAGUAUUUAUAUAUCAUUGUAUGGUUAUCAAAUGUGGAUACAAUUAAUUAAAACGAAUAUAUUUCAAGAGAAUGAUUAUAAAAAUAUUUUACCGGUUGUUCUUCAAGCUUUAUGUCAUUCAUUAGUUAAACAACCAUACAAGAAAAGUGAUAAUGAAAAUGAUGUCACAUCGUAUUAUAUUCAUUAUGAUUUUGAAGAUGAGUCUGAUUAUCAAAAAUUUGUUGGUAAAAAUCGUACAAUUCUAAUUCGUUCAAUAAAUAAUAUUUGUCAAACAAAUGAACAUUUAUCCAUAGCAAUACGUAUUGGCUUUGAUUAUGCUGAUUAUUGUUUUCAAUCAAUAAAUCUUUCAAACCUUCUUCUUUUCGAAUCACUUAUUGCCUAUUGGCAAAUUAUUGAGAAACAUUUACGAUUAUUAUUAAAACCAGGUGAAUCAUUUAAUCAUUCGAAACUAUUUUCUGAUACAGAUGAAUCAUCAUUUUGUCAACGUGGUCAAACAUUAAUUGAACAAUUAUUAUUAACAAAUAAUAAUCUAGAAUUUCUUGCAUAUUCAUUACGUUUAUUAACAUGUUUAUAUGUAUUUACACGUGGUGAACAUUCAUGGACACAACGUAUACUUGAACAUUUAUUUCGUACAAUAACAACUGAAAGACAAAUCGAAUCAAAAUUAAAUCCAUUACAAAAACAAGCAAGUUGUUUAAUUGAUCUAUGUUUAAAUUAUGGUCAUUCAAUAUUUAUUUAUUUUAAUGACUUAUUUAAAGUAACACAAAAUUUAGUUCGACAACAAACAUCUUUAGAACAACAUAUUAAACUUGCUGGUUGGCAAUGGAGUGUACUAGUUGAAUGUUUAGCGAUAUUAUUAAAUCAUUUUGAAUCAUUUCAACAACAAGCUAUUUUAAUUAAUGAACUUGUUCAACCCUUUGCUGAAAUAUUAACGAAAUUUAAUACAAAUGUUAAUGAUUUACAAAGUUUUAUUGAUUAUAUUGAAUUAACAAAAACAUCAAAUAGUAAUCAACGUUUACUUUUUCUUAGUGUUCAUAUUCUUUGUGGUCUUUUACGACGUAUAACUCUUCCAACAGAUUCAUUGAUAUGUUCGAAUGGUGGUUAUCAAGAAAAUUUCGAAGGUAUUAUUUUUAUUCGUAAUCCAGCAUCACCUGCAUUCAUUCAAUUAACAAAUUCAUUAUUUAAAUUAUUAACUUAUUGUCAUACAUUAAAUUCACCCAAUUCUCCAAUAGCACAAACAACAUUUUCAUUUCUUUCGACAAUGACUGAUGCUGAAAAAGCAGUUUAUCUUCAACAAGAAAAUAAUGAUGAAAUUAAUAUUUUAUCAUCAAUUCAAACAAAUUCAUUAGGUUUAUCUGCAAAUGAUCGUCGUUUACAUAAUCGAUUUUCUUCAUUUGUUGAUCGUUUACAAAUAUUAAUUGGAACUUAUUUUACAUUAAAACCUGAUUUAUAUCAAUUAAAUGAUUCAUUACAUAUAAUAGGUACAACAUUAUUUUCAUCACUUGAUCAUUUACCAGAAUUUCGUUUACGAAAUAUAAUUCGUAAUUGUUUCUUACCAUUUGUUCGACAUUGUCCAGCAAAUACAAUACUUAUUCCUAUCUUGGAAUCAUUACUUCCAUUUAUGUAUACAAAAUUAAAAGAUAAAUGGAAAAUAAUUACUGAACGACAAAGUAUUAAAGUAACAAAUGGAAAUGUUCAUGAAAAUAAUGAAGAUAUUUAUCAGACACAAGAUCGAUGUGAAGAAGAAGUUAUUGAAGAACAAGUAACAUGUUAUUUAACUCGUGAUUUUAUUGAUUUAAUCAAAGUUUUAUUAACACGUCAAAAUAAUAAUAAUAAUGAUAUAGAUGAAACAAGUAUGGAUGAAACGAUGACUGCUGAUGAACAAAAUCUUGGUGACAAUUCAUUACGUAAACCAGUGAUACAUGCUCGUAAUUUGCCAAUACCAAGUGAAUUAGGUUUAAAAAUUUUACAAGAUUCAUCAAUAAUUUGUCAAUAUUGUUUAUUAAUUCUAUUUGAUGGACUUUCAUGGCCAGAUACAUCAACAAUGACAAAAAUGUCAAAUAUAUGUCAACCACUAAUUAAACAUCUUUCUUUAUUAGUCAAUGGUAAUAAUGAUUUGAUACGACAACUUUAUAUUUAUAUAUUAUGUGCACUUAAAAUUCAUGGUGAUAAUGAACCACUUGUUUGUAUUUUACUUUCAUUGGCUAUAUUGAUGUACGAAACAUUUCAGCAAACAUCAACAAAUUUAUUUGAUAGUGUUCUUAUGGAAAUACCUGAUGUUAAUAAUGAACAAGUAAAUAAUUAUCGUGAUAAAAUGCAAAAACAAAACAAUGGAAAACCAUUAAAUGAUAAACAAAAACGAGAUAUUUUGAAACAUUUAGUACAACCAUUAAUGGGUCAAAAUGUUGCACAAAUGUUUAAACGUGAACCAUUAGCAUUAAGUGAUUUACCACCAUUAAUACGUUUUUCUAAACGUUCACUUCAUCCGGUUUUACAACAUCAUCAAAAGUUAAAUGCAAACAAUAAUGAUGAUGAUCAUGGAUUAGCUAAUCUUUUCCAGCAUACUGAUGACUAGAAUUUAAAUAAUGAUACACAAUCUCGUCAUAGUGACUCAACAUCAUCAGAUUUUCGUUCACGUUAUUGGACAUUUUUGUUCGAUAAUUUAAAGCGAUCUAUUGAACAAAUUUAUCAAACAUGUGAAGCUGAUCAAGAUCCAUUACAAUGUCAAGAAAUUAUACAAUAUCUUAGUCAAUAUUGUAAAAAUUUUGAAAUACUCUUGAAAAAUUCUGACGAUAAAACUAAUCGAACCUAUCGUAGUUUAUCAUUAACCCUAUCAGCAUUUGAGAUAGAAAUAUCAUCUUUCAGACCAUUUGAACAUUCUCAAUCAAUAUGUAAUGAUGAAAUAUUUUCUUCAAAUGAUUUAUUACCUCGACAAAAACGUUUACAUAACAGUGAUAUAAAUUUAAAUGUAAAUAAUUUUCCAUAUUAUUAUUCAAACGAUAUAAAUCGAUUUAAACGACAAAAAUCUACGAAACAUCGUAGAACAACUGAAAGUUCAAGUUUACUUUCAUUACCAUCCUUAUUUUCAUCAGCAACAAAUCAAUUCUUUUUAUCAUCAAAACGUAUUUUAACAGAUGAAACAGCUGGUGAUGAUGCUGAUGAUGAAAAAGAUAUUCGAGAUGAAUCAAUUAAUGUUAAUCGACAUCAUCGAUAUCAUCAUCAAUUGUCAACAAGUCGUCUCAUACAGCAAAGUAUGACAUCAGAAGAUGAUGAUGAAGAACUUCUGCUAAGAAAUCAUCGUGGAAUGAUAGAUUUUAUGGAUCGACAAAUAUUUGAUGCAUUUGAUCAAGAAGAAUCUUUAACUGCUGCAUUAGAAGCUGAACAAGAACGUACAAUUGCUUCAUUAAUGGCUGAACAAGAAGAUCUUGAACAUCAAUUAAAUAAUGUUAGUGAUGAUGAUGGAUCAGAAUUAGAAGAAAGUGAAUUAUCGACAACUAAAACUUCGAGUUAUUUUAUGUCAUUACCCGAUGAUCGUGAUGAAAAAGUUAUAAGUUCAAAUGAUCUUUUACGUGAUGAUAAUGAUACUGAACCUGAUGGAAAAUCUCGAACGAAAAAUCUUCGUAUACAAAAAAAAUUUUCUUCACCAUCACGUAUUCGACCUAUUAAUGAAACUCUUCAUGAAGCAGCUGAACGUCAAGCACGAGCAUUUAAACGACGUCAAAUUUUACGAGAUGAAAGAGCACGAAAAAUGCGUGAAUUAACUCAACGAGUAAAUGAAGUUCGUCAAUGGAAGGAAGAAUUAAUUAAAGCACGUAAAGCAACAAUUGAAAUGAAAAUGCAUCGAGCAGAAGAAAAGCGUCAAUAUUUAUUAUUAUUAAAAGCGAAAAAAGCUGGUGACGAAGAUUUAAAAGGACAGGAAAUUGCAUUUAUUAAAUUACUGCAACAAGAAAAUCGUCGGCAAACAUUAAAAGAACGUUAUCAAAAAGAAGAACAAUUUAAACAAUAUCUUGAAGAUGAACGUGUUAGAAAACAUGAUGAACAUAAACAACGUGAAUUAGCUGCAGAAAAUCGUCGAAAAGAAUUAGAAGUUUUACGACAAACACGUCUUAAUCAAAUGCAAGAAAAAUGGAAAACAAAAGAACGAAUGAUUGAACAACAUUUAAUUGAAAAACGUAAACAAAAACAAACAGCAGCUAUUGCUAAACAAAAAACUUUUCAACAAAAACGAGCUGAACAUGUUGCUUAUCUUAAAACAACAACUGUUGAAUUAAAGAAAAAAUUAGCAUUAAAACAAGAAGAAGGUACUCGACGACAUGUAACACAAAUUGAAGAAAUUCGUCGAAAAGCAACUGAAAUGAGUGUAUUACGUGGUCCAAGUGCUGAAGAUCAACAUCAUGUUUCUCCUGCAAACGAUAAUAAUAAAACAACAACAUCAGAAGAUAUAAUAGCAACUCGUAAAUGUUGUACAAUCUGUAAUAUUUUAUUAGCAUCUGAUCUUCAUUUACAUACACAUUUACGUGGUACACGUCAUAAUCAAUUAUUAGUCGAACGAUUAAAUCAAAAGAAUGAAAAUCGCAUGAAAAAACAAGCAACACAAGAAGAUAUUGAUACAUUCAAUACAGAAUGUAUUGUUACUGUUACUAAUGAUGAUAUUGUACGACAAGAAAUGGCUUUUAAUCGAGAACGAAAACAUACUAUGAAAAAACGAGCGAAAAAAUUACGUCUUCGAAUGACUCAACGUUCAACAGCAUAUGAAGCUGAAAAUGCUCAACGACCCUAUUUAACAUCAACUCAUAAAGCACGUAUUCAACGAUUUUUAAAUGAAUUAGAAAAAUCAUUAAAUACAACAACAAGAAAAGAACCAUUGAAUACAACAAAUUUUCUAGCAUGUCAACGAAUUCUUACAGAAUUUGUUAAAAUUUUUGAUAUACAUGGUUAUGAAAAGGAUUCACCCCUUGAACAACGUGUAUUUUUUAGUCUAAAUGGUUAUACAACAUUAACAAAGUUGAUUGAAUUACGUGCAGAAUGUCAUAAACCACCGCUUGCACCUGAAAGUCUUAUUGCAUUAACUGUAUCAGUUUAUCGAGCAGCAACAAAUAAUAAUGUAGAUAAUGCACUUUAUAUAUUAAAUAGUGGUAAAAUUUUAAUACUUGUUGAAAGUUUAGUUCGACAUUUAACUGGUUUAAAAAUCGAUGAUUUAACAACAUCUAAUAAUGAUCAUCAAAGUGAAAGUGAAAAAUUAGCUCAAAUUGAUUUAGUAACGAAUCUAGCAGAAAUACUUGCUAGUCUUAUAACAAUGUACAAUUCAGUCAUGAAUGAUAUACGGAAACACGAAACAGAAACUAAUGAAGAUAAAUUAAUUAUAAGUCGUUUAACUGAUUUUAUUAGUUAUAUGGCUAAUAUUGCUAUACUUGAUCGGAUAGCAGCAUUCUUUCGUUCAGCUAGAGCCAUUGUUAAUACAACGAAAUCACGUAUACCUGAUAUGAUUACUCAUUUACUUAAUCUUUUACAACAAAUGAUUUAUUUUUCUCGACCAAAAAUAUAUCUUCCACCAUUUGGUCAAUCAUCAAAAAAAUCUGUGAAUGAUCCAGCUCAAGUAUUGAGUAUAAUGAAAACAACAAAUUUCUGUGAAAUUUUUUCUUUACUCUAUGGUAUUCUUAUUCAUGACACUGAUAAUAAUAAUAAUAAUAAUAAUAAUAACCAAACAAUGCAUGAUAAUAAUAGUCCAAUAACUUUACAUGAAAAAACACUUAUCAUUCUGAAUAAUUCGUUAAUUUUAUUAAAUACAAUUGCAAUACUUGAUCUUGAUAUAUUUCAAACUAUUCUCGGUGAAGAAACAAUUUCACUUCAACUUCGUCAUGUUGCUAAUUAUAUUCUUGCAUAUUGUCAUAAUCAACAAACAACAAUGAAUGAUACAUUAUUACAUCAAAUUAUUCUUCUUAUUGGUUAUUAUUCAGUUUUAAAUCAAGAUAAUCAAUGUCGAUUGGCUUUUGGUAAUCGACCAACUGUAUUACAACAAUUAUCAUGUUUACCAUUUCGUUAUUUUGUUGAAUCAAAAUAUAUGGAUAUACUUUUUCCAACAUUAAUUGCUUGUUCAUUCGAUUGUGAAGCAACACGAACAAUUCUUCAAACGGAAAUGUCACUUGAUCUUAUUGUCAAUUUUAUUCAAAUAAAAUUAACUGAAACAAAAAUGACGAAUGAAGAUACAUUUGCAUUUUCUAUGAGAUUUCCACGUGAUGAAUGGAAUAAUGCAUUGAAAUAUUAUCGACCCAUAUCAAAAUUAACUACAAAUCAAAUCGAAUCUCAUGAUGAUGAAGAAAAAGAAAAUAUUGAAAUUAAAUCUUAA